GGAUUGAUCGCUCGUGCAUGCUUUCUUCUCGUUUUUUACAACAAGCUAAAGAAGUAAAGUCUGUGACAGAACUCGAAAAAGGCAGAGCUAGAAGCUCAACUUCCCCACCAUGGCAGAUCAGCAGCCCUCAAGCGGUCGGGCCCGCGGACGUUCCCGAGGACGUGGACGUGCCUCGUCAGGACAACAGCAAGCCCAACCCCGACGUCCCGGUGAGACAGCACCUGCCCCACGUAUGCCCCCAGCGGAACCGGACCCAUUGCCCACCCCUGGGCGAGGCCGUGCUCGAGGAGGGUCAUCACAAGUUCCUGGAUCAGGAGCGCCCGUAGUUCAAGAAGGACCAAGAGAGCCGCCUACAGGCCAGAUGGCAGCACUGAGCAUGGGUGCAGCGGGUGAAGGGGGAUUGGGUGGCAUCAGUGGACGAAGCCAGCAAUCGCGCCCAAGUUUUGGCGAUCCAAAGACUCGCCCAGCGCACGUCGUCAGCAAAGAAGGAUCUUCGGGGACCAAACUAGAGGUGUACACUAAUUGCUUUCGGUUGAAGGCAGAGGACAGGUGGCUACUCUACCAGUACCAUGUGGGCUUCAACCCCAUGAUUGAGAACCCUAGGGCUCGCCAGGCAAUCCUGCGAUUCCACUCUGAGAUCCUUGGCAGUCCCUUGGCCUUCGACGGGAUGACCCUGUUCUUGUUGAGAAAGCUUGAACAACCUGUGACAAAGUUGAGGACAAAGCGUAAAGAUUCCGAUGCUAUCGUAGAAGUCACAGUAACCCUCACCAACGAGCUGGCUCCAACAUCACCAACAUGUAUUCAGGUGUACAACAUUAUCUUCCGCAAGAUCUUAGCUUUUGUCGGAAUGGAACAGAUUGGACGCCAUUACUACAACCCCAAAACGCCAAUAAUGAUCCAACAGCAUGGUCUGCAAAUGUGGCCCGGGUUCAUCACUUCCAUAUUACAGUACGAGAAGGACGUCCUGUUGAUGGCGGACGUUUCCCACAAGAUCCUACGCUUGGACACCGUGCUUGACCUGAUGACCGCCAUAUACAACAAAAAACCCAACACAUUCCAGGAUGAGGUUACUCGACUCCUUAUAGGAGAAAUUGUCCUCACUAGCUACAACAACAAGACAUACCGUGUCGACGACAUCGACUGGAGCAAGAACCCGUCCAACACCUUUGCCAAAUUUGAUGGGAGCCAGAUAUCCUAUGCACAGUACUACCAGGACGCGUACGAUCGCAAAAUCAUUGACAUGAGCCAACCUCUCCUUAUCAGCCGUCCAAAGAAGAAGGAUGAGCGUCGAGGAAUGACAGGUCCGAUACAUCUCAUCCCGGAGCUGUGUAUGCUGACCGGCCUGAGUGACGCUGUGCGCAGUGACUUCCACGUCAUGAAGGACAUCGCCACGCACACACGUAUCUCACCUGGGGACCGUGUGAACACUCUCCGCUCUUUCAUCACCGGCUUCCCUAAGAAUAAAGACGCAAAGGAGUACUGCGAUAAAUGGAAGAUUGGCUUCGAAAACGAACCUGUUAAAAUCGCAGCGAGAGUACUUCCAGCUGAGACGAUUCAUCAGAAAACUGCCAAGAUCAACUACAAACCGUCCGAGGCUGAAUGGAGUCGAGAGCUACGCGGGAACGCGCUGAUCAGUACGGUUAAUCUGAACGACUGGAUGCUCAUCUACACUAGCAGAGACCAGGGGAAUGCCAUGGACUUCAAACAGACCCUCCCUAGAGUAGCCGGGCCGAUGGGGAUAACCGUUAGAGAGCCAAAAAUGUGCGCUCUGAGAGACGAACGAUCUGAGACCUACGUGAACGGUAUAAGAAAUAACCUGACCAGUUCAACACAGCUGGUGGUCUGCAUCUUGUCCAGCAACCGUAAAGAUCGUUACGACGCCGUCAAGAAGUUCUGCUGCAAUGAAUCGCCGGUGCCCAGUCAGUGUAUCGUGAGUCGUACGCUCAGCAAGAAGCAAAUGUUGAUGUCCGUCUGCACCAAGAUCUGCAUGCAGAUCAACUGCAAGCUCGGCGGGGAACUGUGGGCCGUGGAAAUGCCUUUGUCCGGCAUGAUGGUGGUUGGAAUAGACACAUACCAUGACUCCUCUUCUAAAGGUCGCUCCGUUGGAGGCUUCGUGGCAACCAUGAACAAAACGCUCACCAGAUACUACUCUCGAUGCACAUUCCAGCACAGUGGACAGGAACUCAUUGAUGGGCUUAAGGUCUGCAUGAAAGCCGCACUCAAGAUGUACCAUGAAAUCAACAACGCCCUUCCUCAGCGGAUUGUCAUCUAUCGGGAUGGUGUUGGAGACGGCCAGCUAGCGGCAGUCGUCGAACAUGAACUCCCCCAGAUAUUAGAUACUGUCAAAGCACUCGGCUCAGACUACGAUCCCAAGGUAGUGGUGAUCGUAGUGAAGAAGCGCAUCAAUAACCGUUUCUUCAUGCAAAGCAGAUCCGGUCUUUCCAAUCCUCCCCCUGGUACUGUCAUCGACUCUGUGGUGACGAGGCCAGACUUCUAUGACUUCUUCUUGGUGAGUCAGUCUGUGCGACAAGGCACUGUCACCCCUACCAGCUACAAUGUCAUCUGGGAUACCUGGGGUCUGAAACCAGACUACGUACAGCGCCUCACCUAUAAACUCACACAUCUGUAUUUCAACUGGCCGGGUACAAUUCGGGUACCAGCGCCCUGCCUGUACGCCCACAAGCUCUCCUUCUUGGUUGGCCAGAGUCUCCACAAGGCACCUCACCUAGACCUCGCUGAUCGACUCUACUUCCUAUAGUGGGGAUGUUGUAAGAGUGACCCUUUGACUUACUAUCUGUGAGGCGAGAGUGUGUUUGGUGGAACAGUUUUUUGUUAUGUUUUUUUUUAUUAUACUCGUUUUAUUGUUGUCACAGCUGAUCAGACUCUUUGGUGGAGACUUGAGUUAAACAGUAAUUCAAUUUACAGAGGAGUGUGCUAUGAUUGGACUAUUUUCAGUGAUGUGCCUUUAAGUUAUAACUCCCACCGUAAAUAGAAGGAUGCUUAGUUUUUUGGGUUUGUUGUUUUCUUUUUUGUGGUAGGUUUUUACUAAUGCCUUUUUUUUUUCAACCCUAACAAAACAAGUGCCUCCUUUUUGUUUACGAUUGUUUUUUUUUGCUAUAUUCUCUGGUAAGUUCAUCAAAGAGAGAUAAAACGUUGUUUUUGGUGGGUUUUAAUUGUGUGUCUUUCAUGAGCUUGUUGGUGGAGCAAGCCUGGAAUUUUACAGACGGGCAGGCCUGAUGCUUAACGGAGCAAACGAAGGUGAUUGCCUCCAUGCCCCCGGUUAUUGCCUUGGUGCCCUUAAAAUGCUACAGUAGAAAUUUACAGUUUUCAUCAAAGGGUGCCCUUUACCAAGGAGAAAAUGCCUUGGUGCCCUUGCCCUUUCAAAAACGGAGCAUACAGGCCUGGAGAGGUCCUUGCCCUUUUUACCUAUUGUUUCAGACAUAUGUUGAUUAAUUGGUUGCCACUUCCUUUUUACCAAAAGCUGCCAGAUUUUAGUGCCAGGAAAGCGUUAGAAAUCCAGGAAAACCUUUGCUUGAUUGUCUUAACUUUGGACAUGUAAGAAGAAUAAGGAAACUUCAUUGUUAUUUUGGAAACUUGUUGGUGGAACACACCAGGUAACAACGUCUUGUGUUCAUUUUCUGCCUGAAUAUGCAGUCAUAUUUUUUGCCAAAUUUGUUUUACUAGGUCUUGAGAAGAAAAAUAAAGGUUCUUGUGAAAUUUGUUCAAUCCAGUUUAAUAAAAGUUGUGCUAAUAGUUUUUUUCCAGGAAAGAAAACUGUUGAAUAAUCUGAUAGUUAUAUUUUAAAAAGUGAUAUUUUUGUGCAGGACAAUUUUAAUAAGAAUGUUUGUUCACAUGUCGCGCACGAGUGUUUUUGCGACAAGUGUUUUUUUACAGUUGUGAUGCCAAUUGAAAAGUGGGAAAAUGUUCUGCGUUUUUUAUGUGUUAUUUUUUCCAAUCAAACUUUUCUAGAUGUUGUUAUUCAAAUGUUUUCCAUUGAAACAAAAGUGAUGAUCAGUUGAUCUUCUAAAACUCAAUCAAUCAAUCAAUCAAUCAAUCAAUCAAUAAGUUUAUCUAAAGAAAGAUUCAGAGAUUUCAAAAGAGAAGAAAUAAGUCAGUUGUUUAUCUUAACGUUUUUUUUGGUUAAUUUAUUCAUUUUUGAAGAAAACACUUGAGUAUUACUUACGGGUGAGAAAAUCAUCGCAGAAUGAUUUAUCUGAGGCUGAGGUGAUGUUGUUUCCAAGGUAGCUGCGGAAGGGUUAUUUAAUUCUUUUCAAAAACUAACGGCUUGUGUUGUUGUCGGCCAGUUCUCUUCUUUUUUAUUCUCCCCCUUUUUUUGUUUUCCCCAUUUGUUAAUUUUGUUGUAGUAAAAUAAUAUUAUGCAACUCAUGAUCUUAUUUUGUUACUGACUUUCCUUUGUUUCCAUAAUCCUACUACUGCAUGGCGUUAGUAUUAGUGUAGUGUUAUAGUAUUAAGUUUGUCUUAAGACAGUUGAGUUUUCAUUGUUAUUUUUCUAUUCCACAGUAUAUUAUUUUUUAUAUAUAAAUACAUAAAUUAACCCAUCUGUUCAUCCUUUUUUAAAUACACACACCAAAUUCUUUUUAACACCUCCCUCUGCUGAUCAGAAACACCAGAGUUUGAAUUUGGUGCUCUUAACCGCUUGGCCACGACACUUCCACAUAGGGUUUCAAUUUCACAAAGAGUAAGGACUAGCCCUAACUUUUAGGAAGUAUUCUAGGAGAUAAUACAAACUUAAAGACACUAGACACUAUUGGUAAUUGUCAAAGACUAGCCUUCACAGUUGGUGUAUCUUAAAGACAC